CGCAUCGUCAACUGCAAGCUAUCCGUCUCAAAAUCCCAUCCGCAUCCGCACGGCCAGCUCCCGAUAGCGCCCAGAAAGACCAGACCUUGAAACGUUAUCUUCCAAAACAACAACAGGGCCAACGGGCCAACGACAAAACACAAUAUAGCCAAGAUCUUGGAAUACCAAACCUCGACGAUGUCGUCGGCAUUCGAGCCCUCGUUGUCGACCAGCCGACCGCCCAUCGGCGGGCCCUCCCUCGCCGAUACCCUGCCCAACAUCAACUUCGGUUUUGACGAGCUGCGCGACCGCAUGGCCAAGUUCACUGCCAAGUUUGACGCUUUCAUUGAGCAAGGGCGCAAGCGCGUGUUAGAAGAGCGCAACCAGUUCCACAUGAACGUGGCCGAGCUACAAGAGGACCAGCGCAUGAAGAAGAAGGACAUUGAGAUCCUCCAGCUCAAGACCAACAGCUACCAGCAGACGAUAGCCAAGGAAGCGGCCGAGAAGCGCGAGAUGCAGAGCGCCAUCGCGCAGCUGACGGCCCAGCGCGACCGGCAGGCGGCGGCGCGGGACGCGCUCAAGGAGCAGAUCGCGGCGACGCAGCGGGAGAUCGACGCGCGCCUGGCCGCGCAGCGGGCGCACCAGGCGCAGCUCGAGGCGCAGGCGCGCUUCAACGUGCCCGAGCUCGACUUCUGGGUGACGAACCUGUGCAUGCGCAUCGAGGGCGCCGGCGCCGAGGACCGGCUCAAGUUUGUCUUUACCCACCUGGACGAGAAGAACUGGGAACGCGAGGCCUGGUUCGAGCUGUGCACGGGCAGUCGGGACUACGACGUGCGGCACUGCAGGCCCAAGCUGGAGAGGGAGAAAGUCGAGCGCGUUCUGGAGCGGGUCAACGAGACGAGGGAGCUGGUGACGCUGUUGAAAGGGAUGAGGGAGUUGUUUGUCGAAGCCAUGCGGUCUUAAACCAGGGGAGGGGGACGUUGCAUGUUUACGUUGUUUACGUUGUUUACGAUUCAUGACAUGGUACCAAUGUUGGAUGGGCUUGGCGUUAAAGGAGUGAGGGGCUUAUUAACAACUUGUAACUAGCAGAACGAAUUUUGCAUUGAAUACCUCUUGG